AUGCAGGGCAAUCAAUCCGAGCACGAAAUUUCCUGUUUCUAUCUUGGCGACUCAUCCUUCCAUAAAGCUCAUGAACGGUUUAAAGUCAACCUUGUUACAGCCACUAUUAACAUUGUUACAGUUCCAGUCGGCGUUGUUGCAAAUUUACUGAUUGUCACCGCCAUCUUUAGCUGUCUUCGUCUACGAACUCCCUCUAAUCUGUUGAAAGCUUUUCUGGCGCUUUCUGAUUUGUUCGUAUCCCUAACAGUCCAGCCCGGGUAUAUCACAUACAGGCUUUUGGAAACCAGCUUCGUUUAGUUCCUUGUUUUGUGAGGAUUAUGUAUCAUCUGGCUUUUUUCAGUUGCUUUGGAGUGUCUUCUAUGACUUGA